AUGAAGUAGUGGCAAACGGCCCUGCGUGAUACACAGCUGAUCGGUCGUUCCGUGACGAAGGAGCUGUUUUGGUUGCGCGUGUUGCAUCGCGGGUGGCGAUAUCGUUUAUUCUACACGGGGAUGACAGUGAACCGCGAUUGAGAAUCCCGUAUACAUGCGAUUGUUUGUGUGCUCUAUGCAAUUUGACAAAGUAUCGGGAGCAAGAGAUACGGGCGGCGGUGUAAAACCAGUUGUUAUAUUGCUCGCAACAUCGGCGCAUUGCGGAUCGUUGUCAGUGGCGUCGGGUCAAUUGCAUCGCGGAUAUUUUCCUUUAUUUCGAAGGAGAUCGUUAACGGAGAGAAGGUCUAUGACCGGAUCACGAAGAGGUUCACCUUAUCAGGGGAACAAAACGAGCCACGACCUAGGUGUGACCAGCAUCAGAUUGAAAUUGAUGAAGUCCGAGGUAAUCGGGGAGGAGGACACAACUGCUGAUCCUGCAGUUUGUGAACAUUGAUAUCGGUGCGCUUGCAGGUCCUUGCAAUAAUCAGUUUCAGUGUUGUAAUUCACCGUGUUCCGUCUAUCUGCUAGCUGUCGUUUUUCUUUUUCGUUUUUCCGUGUUCUUUUCAUUACGUUUAUCCGUAUGCACGACCGUACACCGUAAUCGUGCGUUAGAUUUUCUUUAUUCGCGGUAUCAGCGAUCGGUUUCGCUUUUCCUUUGUACAAAUAUAUUCGUACGCGGAUACAUGCGUAUAUGCGCGCGCGCGCGAGUGUGAACGUAAAAGAAAAGGUCGAUGACAAUGCAACGAGUCCAAGAUCAAGACAAUGGAAUCAACAUCAAAUUCGGGGCGAGCAAAGGCAAGGGAAAUUACAAGCUUGUGGCGCAGAGCGCGGAAAACGAGAAGGAAACUAAUCUCAACGGGACCAACAAGCAAGUUAAAAAUGUAACAGCCGAAGAAGAAUUAGUUCCACCAGAUGGAGGAUGGGGUUGGCUUGUUCUUUUAGCAUCUGUCAUGGUCAAUCUUCUUAUCCCAGGAACAGUAAAAUCAUUUGGUGUUCUGUUUGUUGAAUUUCUUGAAGUUUUUGAUACAUCACCCUCUACAGCUGCUUGGAUACCAGCUUUGUGCUAUUUUCUAUAUAGUUCGCUUGGACCUCUUUCCAGUGUAUUGUCAGUUAAAUACUCCUAUCGAACGGUAACUCUCCUAGGGGGAACGUUUGCUGCUGCAGGAAUGAUGCUGAGUUAUUUUGCAAACUCUGUGGCCUUUUUAUGUGUUAGUUACGGUGUCCUGGUAGGAAUCGGGGCAGGACUGGCUUUCCCACCGACAGUGUACAUUGUAACUUCUUACUUUGUACGGUUACGUGGGCUUGCAAACGGGCUCUGCAUAUCCGGUAGUGCAUUGGGUUCGAUAUUCCUUCCUCCCAUUCUUGGAGUUCUUCUACGAGAAUAUGGAUACAGAGGUGCGGUAUUAAUAAUGGGUGCUGUCACUUUGAAUGUAUGGGCGAGUGCUCUGUUAUACGAACCGGUGGAAAGACACAUGGUGCCCGCUUCGACGUCGAAUAAGUCGAACGACGAUGACUUGGAAGCCGCAUCGAUAAUCGUAACUAGUCCCGAGGACGAGAAGAAAUUAAGUUGUAUGAUUUCUUACGCGGACUCGAACGAGAAGGCUGCCCCGAUCGUACCAAAGAGCGCGUCUAGCGUCGCAUUAGAAUAUUAUAAGAACACGCCGGUCCAGACGAGGACGAGAAAGAUAAGCAUGCCGACCGGACGCGAGAUAACGGGUCAGAUGCACAGCACGCCAGCGCUGCACGCGGUCCCGGAACGCGGCGGUGACUUUGGGAAGCUGUCAAGACGGAAGUCGCCCUUCCAGUCGCCGAGCACCUCGUCGUUCAAUUACGUUAGCACCCCGUAUCACGGGAGCACUCUGUCCGCAUUGCACCCGGAGAGGGCAUCCACGCUGACGUUGAACGCUAUAUCGAACACGUUCACGAGAAAGACCGCCGACGAGACGAGCAAAGUCGAAGAGAAACCGCAGAACAAGUUCUUCGAUUUCAGUUUACUCAGGGACCCGAUAUAUCUCGUGAUCCUGAUCUCGAACUCGACGAACGCCGUCAGCUACACGAAUUUCGUAAUACUGCUUCCCGCGUACGCGAACUCGUUGAAGUUCGACAAGAACAGGUCUUCCCUUCUUCUCUCGAUAGUAUCGAUUUUAGAUUUAAUUGGACGCAUCGGCGGCUCCGCUCUUUCCGACGUCUCUAUAAUGCCGAAGCAUUGGUACUUCGUUGGUGGUCUGUUCAUCUCUGGUAUCUCGUUGGCCGUUUUGCCAAUAGCCACCGACUACGUGAUGCUGUCGGUCUAUUGCGGUAUAUUCGGUUUGGCGUCCGGCAUCUACGUCGGUAUCACCGCGGUUAUCAUGGCCGACAUGUUGGGCACGGAGAAGCUUACGUCCUCGUACGGUAUCUCGUUAUUCGUGAACGGUAUCAUACAGCUGAUCGGCCCGCCGAUCUGCGGCCUUAUAUACGAACAAAUCGGUAGCUACGGUCCGAUAUUUAGCAUAUUAGGUAUCAUUUUAGUCGUAGGCGCAUCAUUGUGGGGUUUCGUGCCGUUCAUUAGAAAGAGACAAGACGCGAUGGAGAAAUCCAGCCGGGUCGAGAAAUUAUAGUUCGUUCGUGUACAAAAGGGGUUCGCUGUCCCGCGGUUUGAGAAGAUGUUUCAAUUGUACGAUUAUUGUAGAAGUUCAUAUAGCGUGUCUCGGUAUAAUAAUAAGUAUAUAAUUAUGAAAUACUGUGAUGUUAGAAUGAAUGUUAUUGUAUAUUCUACUGGCACUGUGAUGACGUACGAUCCACGCGCACAUUUUCAGGUGGAUUGUCGGGAAACAAUUUUCAAAAAGAUAUAUUUUUAUGAAACACGAGAGUUUCUCUUUUCUCCAAAUUGGAAAGUAUCUUGCCUUACGAGUGCGAAAAGAAAACAA